CGCCAUUUUGCAACCCGCCUGCGAUCUUCGGUGAGCGAGUUAUCUCUGGUGCUGGAGUUUCGAUAACACUUGUGAUUUGGGAUAUAUUAUGAGUGAGGCGAUGCAAUGGAUGAUAAAGAAAAGGUGAAAGAUUUUCGCGAAGAGAGACAGGAUGCUGAGGGCCGACAAGAUGUUGAAAAUACCGUAUCUGUGAUGUCCCUGGAAGCAGAUACUAGCCCCACGACUAAGGUGCCCACUGCAAGCUUGUCCUUGACCAACAAAUCAACAACACCAAGAAUAUAUCAAGAAGAAAUCAACAUGGAGCACACAAUGGCACUCACGAGUCAACGUACCCUGGCUUCACUAAUGCAGCAACAGGCAGCCCGCAGUGAAGUUGCCAGAUCAUCGCCGGGACGCCUAUCUGAAGACGAAGCAUUGAUGAUAAAAGUGGAUCGUUCUCCAGGAGCCUGUGUUGCAAGAGAGAUUCACGUCCAUCACCAUGAAGUGGACAAUACCAUCCUUGAAAACAUGAAAGCUCGAUCGAAAUCCACACUGAAAGAUUUCAACCAGGCAACCUUUUAUCCUACAAAAGCUGUACAAGCUGCGAGAGAAAAGCUGCACUAUGGCCACGUUUGCUUGGAGGGCAAACCCAAAUCAGGAAAGUCAUCUAUUGGCUUGUAUUUACUGGCUACUUUUGGAGAUAGGAAUUACACACCACUGAUUCUGAACAACCCUGAUGAAUAUUCCCAUAUUUCUCAGAAAGAAAAAUUUGUGAUUUUAAUCGAUGACAUUUUUGGAUCAAGGGUGUUUAUGCCAGAUAUGGUGAUUCGCUGGAAUAAAGUUAUUGAAAACAUAUUUCAUGCUAAAAGUAUAGGUAGGAUAUUCUUGAUUAUAACAAGUGAAAGUGGCUUCUUUGACAGAAGUCAAGCCUUUGCUAGUUUUGAUGAGUUUUUGGACAAAACCCAUAGAUUGCAACUUCAAAAUCCUGAUCUUUUUCUGAGGGGCUAUGAAAAAUUUGCUAUUCUUGAGAAGUUAGCUACUUUCAAAAGACUGGCACAUGACUGUAGAAUACUGUCCACUGCUGCCAAUGCAAGCACUCCUUGGUUUUUUGACUGCUGUAAAUAUUUGUUAAAGAGUAAGCUACCACUGCAAGAAUGGCCAAUAUUCUUCAGACACCCAGUGGUAGUUCUUUGUGAGCAUGUAGCUAAGCUCGAACCAAUCAAGUCAGCUCUGCUCAUAUUGAUAAUGAAGCACAAUCACAUUCUGGACACUGACUUCUCAACAACCAGUGAUGGGCACAUAAUUUUAAGAGCUUCACUUGAUAUCCUCUCAAGGAUUAUGGAAUUGCCACAUGGAUCUGACCUGAAGGACGUGCGAGAUGCAGCCCAAGCCUUGACUGGUGACCUGGUCGUGUAUAGUGACCAACAUUAUAGCUUUUCGCACGAUGCAGUUCGUGAGGCAGUGUGUUUCACCUUCUCAAAGGUCGCACCUGUAUACUUCAUACAAUGGUGUCCAUUAGACUAUCUGAUCCACCACACUGUAACAGAAAACACUGAAACUGAAGGUGCUCAUUCAGUGAAGAUAGACAGUAAUUUGUUUCAAAACUUGAAAGACAGAAUAGUCCAGGACUUCACAGCCGAUUUUGUAGAGCAUGACGUUUUCAAAGGUGGGGCCUUUGUGUAUCUGUUCUUUCAAGACAAUCCAAUAUUGGAUGAUGCACAAAAUAUCGCUGAGAUAGUGUCCUCAAUUGCAAGGCAUGGACAUGCCUAUUUCCUUCGUCAAAUACUGCCCAUUAUGGAAGGGUUUGGUGGACUGGAUAUUGAACAUAUUAAGCAUGAAGCUUUAGAAAAAGCAUGUUCAUUUCGACAGGCAACAGUGGCUGACAUCCUUCUGGACUCUGAUGCUAAACCAUGUGAGGUUUGUUUUCAUAACGCUUGUAGUGGGCAGAUGUUAAAUGUUGUCAAACGUUGUUUGAGCAUGGGACCUAUCUCUUGGUCCAAUGAUGUGGUAUCUUUACUAAAUGCUCUCAGAACCACUACCUCUCCUACAGAUAUCAGUGCAAUGUUACAAAAUGCAACAAAUUGGAAUGUUGAAGGCAGAGGGCUAGUCAUGAUGGCACCGGCAUGCGAAACUGGAAACUGGGAAUUGUAUAAUGUCCUUAGCGACAACCUAAUAGACAGGACUCUUAACUGCAGUGAUCUUUUGUCCCAUGCAAUCAGUGGAGGAAAUCUCCUCAUAGUUUGUGACUUGAUAGGGAAAGAUCCCAAUAUUUUGAAUGUAGAUUGUGAUGAAUCUGCAUUCCUCAUGGCAUGCCGCUGCAACAAAGUGGAACUUGCGAAGCUGAUAUGGGAUGAAUCUAGUGUCACAUCUAAAAGCCGAAUUUAUGAAGAGGGCAGUUCUUCAUUGAGGGCUUUACAUAUUGCAGUUUUAGCCAGUAAUGAAGACCUGGAUUUACUGAAAUGGUUGCUCGUUGAAGGUUUCCCAAUCAAUGGAUGCGGGGGUUCAUCUAGAACUCCACUACACACAGCCUGUAGCAGAGGAAUUGUCGGAGGAAUUAGAGUACUCUUGGAAAAAAAGGCAGAUGUAUCAGCCAUUGAUGCUGAUCGAAAUACAAUGUUGCAUCUUGCAUGUGGUAGUGAUGAACCCAACAAAGACAUUGUCAAAUUACUCCUUGAUAAUGGUGCCAACAUUUCAUCUUUAAACAAGGAGAACAAAACACCUUUACAUGUCUUAUGUGAAACACAACACAAUUCACGAUCCGUUGUGAUCAGUUUUCUCUUGAAUUGUGAGGCCCCCGUCAAUUCUUUGGACGUGCAUGGACACACACCUUUCUAUCUCUUAUUGGAUAGAGGAUUCUGCUUGGAGGAGGUAGAACUCCUUUUAGACAAUGGCGCUAAGGUGAAUAUGAAAGAUAAUUUUGAAGAAACUGCAGUUCACGCUGCAUGCAGAAGUUCUAACUGUAGAGCUGUGGAGAUGCUACUACAGAAUGGCGGGGAUUUGCAGGCUAGAGACAGACUUGGUCAGUCUUGUCUUCAUCAUGCAGUUUCUGUAAUGAACAAUGGGGAUGUGGUGAAAUACCUGCUUCAACGUGGUCUGUCGGUGAAUAUAGUUGACACUGAUGGUAACACCCCUUUACACACAGCGGUUCACGUUCAAUUCAACAAAAUAGUGGUUGAAUUAUUGAUGACUAUGGGAGCAGAUUCAACACUGACUAACAAAAAUGGUGAUGCUCCUCUGCAUCUUGUGUGCAAGGACUCCCUUGAUCACAGUCUUGAGGACAUGGAUAUUAUCAUGAACAAAUCCAGUCUACUUUUAGCAAAGGAAAAUAAUACCCCUUUGCAUUUGGCAUCGAUGUCAAAAGGAAAUGCUGCCUUUAGUGUUGUUAAAAAACUGCUCGAUUCAGAUGUCAAUAUUUCAGAGAAGAACGAAUCUGCCAAGACUGCUCUACAUCUUGCUUGUGAAAGGUCAGAUGAACCAGGCUGUUCUAUGGCACAAGCGUUGUGUGCAAGAAAUGCUGAACUAGACUGCCAAGAUAAUGAAGGGAACACACCACUUCAUUUGGCUUGUCUAUCAGGAGGAGAUAGCCGACUUCACAUUAUUGAAUUGUUGAUUAACCAAGGUGCAAAAGUCAACAUUAUCAAUGACCAACAGAUUUCACCCACUGACAUCAUUGAGGACCGGAAAAAUGAAAGUGAACAUGAAAUCUUGAUGAUUAUGGUUGACAGCAUGUUGAAUCAGGCUUGUCUUGGAAACGGUAGGUACACAAUGGAAGAGGUAGAAGAAGCGCUGUCAAAGGAAACUCAGUUGUCACUACUUGAUAAAGACCAGAGACCAGUUCUUCACAGAAUAUGCAGUGUCAAUGGACAACACAGUCCUACUAUUAUAAGUAUGCUUCUUGCGCAGGGAGCUGACAUAGCUGCAAAAGCAAAAGAUGGCCUAACAGCUAUUCAUGCAGCGUGUAUGGCUAUUGGUCCCUUCACGGAAACAGUUCUCGAAACUCUUAUUCGUUCGGGAGGGAAAGUAAAUGAAAGAGAUGACCAAGGACAAACAGCUUUCCACAAAGCUUGUACAUUACAGGACAGCCAUACCGAGAAUGUGCUCGGUAAGCUGCAGCAGUAUGGUAUUGAUGUAAACAUACCAGAUGGAAAUGGUAACACCCCUCUACACAUGGUUUGUGGUUCUUCUGGAGCACACAUCCUGGAUCGUAUCCAGUGGCUUCUAGGACAAGGGGCUGACUGGCAAUACCUGAACCACAAAGGACACACUCCCUACAACAUAGCAAACGAUGAGAUUAGAAACGCAUUUAUGAAUCUAAUCUUGCUCAAGUACUGUGAAGAUUCUGAUUCCUUUGACAAAGAUGUGAUUGGUGGAAUCAUAAGUGAAGGGGCUGACGUGAACUGUCUAAACAAUUAUGGUAAUUCCGUUCUACAUAUGAUUUCUCAGAAGAAUGGAGAGUUUUCACAGGAAAAUAUUUUGCUAAUGAUCUCGAAUGGGUGUGACAAAGGAUUACUAAACAAUGCUGGAGUGACAGCAUAUGAAUUAGGUAUUUAUGCAGGGAUGGAUGAAGAAGUCUUGCAACUACUUUGUCCUGAUGAACAGGAUGUUUGUGGUGGAGUUUGUCCUGAUGAGCAAGGUGCUUGCGGUGGAUCAGAAGCAUCAAAGAAAGAGGGUGGCGAACAGUCAGCUGUUGAUCAUGUUGAAAAAUUUAAAAACACAGCUUUGAACUUUAAAGAUUUGCUAGGCAAUAGAAAUCCUGCUCAGAUAGUUGGGUCCGCUGCUGAAGUAGUAGAAUCUGCUGCAGCAGUUGUUUCCAAAUGGGUGAAAGAGUCUUUGUAGUCAUUUUAGCAUUUAUAAAUAUCAGAUGGGAUUGCCUGAAAACAUCUAAACAAUGACAAAAUGCAUGUUUUCUGACUUGACGUUUUAGUUAAUGGGGAUGCUAAUGAAACAGAUUCCAUUAGGCGUAAAAGGCUGAAUGAAUCACCAAAAAUCAGUCAUGACACAAACAAGGAAGUAAGAAAUGUCAAGGAAACAAUUUUUCUGCAUAAUGCUAAUAUCAAACGCAUGGAAUUAUAAGAUUUGCUUGAUUCAGUUCAAGUUCCUUACGUGGUAUAACGUGAUAAUUUUGUCCUUAGAUAUCUUUGAAUGUUGUAAGAAGUGACUGACAUGCAUCGGGUGGUCUGGCUCGGUUACUUGGUGUAUUGAACCCGGUGUAGUCAUGGUUAAUAAUAUCAAUCACUGGUUUGUGUGUCAGAGACACGAUUAUUUACAGACCGUCUAGAUAUAGCUGUUAUAUUGCUGUCUCUGUUUAAUUAUUCUUUCGUGAUGAGGAGAACACCUUAUAAAAAGUUUACAGAUGUUUAGUGCAAACACGUACAGUAAUUUGUCCUAGUAUUGACUGUUUUUGUAUCUUAAACACAUCACUGCAUUUGUCACUCAUAUAUUGUAUACAAUAAUUAUUUUGAUACAUUUAUUGUAAUUUGCUUGUCUUGUAAUAGCGAGUAUGUAUUUUAACUACACAUACAAGCCGGUGGCCCCUCGUCCCAGUCGAAAACUGCCGUCUGGAACUUACACUUACUGACAUUGCAGUUGUUGCGACGGGCCACUUUCUUGCUGACACCAGGUAUCAUCACUAUUUUCUAGUGAUUCAUAAACACAUGGUUAUGAUAUAUAUAGUCGGAAUCGUACAAUGGACUGAAAAUGUUUUUGUCGCUUUUUUAUUUUUUUGUUCGGAUGUCAUUACUGUGAAAGAAGUGUCUGGAUUAAGGGGUAUAUUUUUUAUACAAUGACACAAUCAGCGUGUGUUAGUCGUGAAAUUAUAGUGUUGUUUUUUUUCACUUAGUUUAUUGAUCCACCGAUACAAUAUUUAAUAAUUGUGAAAAUGCUACAAGAACAAUGUUUUAUUUCUUUGCAGUCGUAAACUAAAUGUCCUAUGGUUUGUCAUUUUGAAGAAACAUUUCAGCAUGACCUCUUUUAAGACGUUAAUUCCUUUAGGGCAGUAUUUAAGACAUAAUGUUUUACGUUUUUUUCGACCAGAGACUUUAAAAAUCAAUCAAUUAAGUUAACAUUUUCACAAAAGAGGCCUUCUAUAUUUUCGUUUGUGAACUUGUGCAACAACUGGAAUUUCCUUUAACUGCAAUGUAUCAAACACGCAAGAUUUAUAUAAGGUUAUUUAUUGCACCGUUUGAUUUCUUAAGAUGUGCAGCGGUGGAUACAAGUAGCACAUUUGUGUGUAUCUUUAAGACAGAUCAUAGUAAUAAGAACAAUGCAAACAUUCAUAGCGACAUCAGAUGACUGUUGUAGCGAUGGUUCGUAGAUCUAGACAUACGAAUCUAGGCGAAUAGUGUCUUUGUUUCCCUUGCCUCGUUUGUUGAUUUUAACAAUACAUGUGUAUUUGUUGCAAUAACCCUCUGUUCAUAUUUUCAUGAUAAUCCUCAUGUCAAAUAUAUUACUAUAGGAGAGAUUAUUACAUACAUUUUAAGUGUAUCUGUCGUACAAACUUAACGAAACGAGUGUAUUAAUUCUGACACGAAUGUAAUAAUUGCUAUAUUAUCCAGAUUUAGCUAGAAUUAGUUGUGAAGAAGUAGUGUCUUUGUUAUAUUAGGGCGGAUAUGGCGCCGUGGCGUCCUUACCGUACUCAAUCACAGUCUUGGGUUUGGGCUGAGAAUUUUCGUUAGAGGUAGGACAUUUUUACAGUCACUACUUUUAAUACGCAAUUUCUCUGUAAAAUGAGAAGCUAAACAAUUUAACUUUCUAUCAUAACACAUUUUUUCAAAAUGUCCAGCUAACAAUAUAUUCUUUGGGGUAAAACCUGAGAACAAAGUUUCCAGUUUCAAAGAGAUUACAGCCCCCGCCUUCUCAUAAUUUCGAAAUGAGCGCUCCCUCAUAUGACCAUAGUAAAACAACAAUCUAAAGUUCUAAUAUUAAAGUUGAAAUGAAAAAGUAAAAAAUGAUUCAUUUCGUCGAGUAUGCACGUGUUACUCGCUUCUUGAACCUGAGUUGGCCUACCAUACGCUUUUCUGUAAUUUCUUUGUUAUUCACAAAAUUCGUUGAUUCCAGUGUGGACACUCCCUAUAUAGGAUGAACAGUUAUUUCCUGUCGGCCAUCCUAUGAAGGUCCGGGUUAGAAUUGGUCUUCAGCAACCCAUGGCUAUCGUAAUAUGUGACUGAUAUGGUGGAAUCAGAUGUAUGUCAUCGUAGCCCAAUUGCGGGAUCGAUGCUCAUGAUGUCAAACAUAGAAUCCAGACUCGAUUAUUAACAGACCGCCAUAUACCUGGAAUAUUGCUGAAUGCGACGAUAAACAAUACCCAAGAAACAAAAUCCUGCUCUAUAUAUUAUACAAACGUAGACGGCGGUGUGUGUACUCCGAUGUACUCCGGUGUAUUAUUUAUUAAGAGAUGAAAUACUAUACAAAUCUGGUGUCUAUUUCGAUGUCUUCCUGAUUGGCACAAUGGUUUUCAGACAUGUACUUGUAAGAUCAAUGACAAAAUACAUAAUAUAUAGAACAUGUGGCUCUUGUAAAGAAAUAUCAAUUUUGUUACAUCAUUCGACAAGAAUAGCCUCAUAUCCUCUUACUAUACUGAUGGAAACGAAUAAGGGAACAAUUAAAAAUAUAGGGAAAUAAUUUUACAGUUCGAAAAUUUGAAAUAGUGCGCAUACAAAUUAAACACAUGUCAGAAUCAAAGGUUGAGAUAUGUUUGUGUACAAUGUUUCCAAAGCGUCUAAAACUAAGUGUUCCGUGUUCGUUUCCGGCAGUAUAUUAUCCUAUAAACCAAGCCAAAUGUACAAACAUGCAUCCAGCUCACGAAGAGGGGAAUUCUUAGCUCCUUAAGAGGAAGUAAACAUAACUAAAUAGUAUUGACUUACAUUUAUGCAUUUCAACGCCAUUUGUUUUCUUUAAAUCCUGUUUUCACUUAUACUAUAGCUUUCUCAACAACAUUACCUGUUCAAUUUACCUGAAGAUACUAUCUUUGAAAAGAGAACAUGAGCUUUGGAUACAUGAUUUGAAACUGUACUGUGAUUAUCAUGACUGUAUCUGUACAAAGGGCUGUUGCCGUUUGUUUUAAUAAAAACAUAAGUUAAGA